UCCUACACUUGUCAGGAAUGGAAUUUGUAUUCUUAUAUCACAACAAUUGUCUACCAUUACACCUACAGCAAUGCUUAGGGAUGUUAUCUCAAAGUGGAGGCAAGUCAAUGUCUUUGUUCACUUCAUAGAAUAUUAUUUCCUUUGGGACAGAAUUGUUUUUUUCCAUUCAACACUUAACAGUUUGCCAGAACCCAUUGAAGGGAAAGUCUGGAUAAAUGCAGGCUUUGGGGUAUUGCAAAUAAGAAGACACCCAUUUCUCAAAUAUGUCCAUAGUGUUUGGACCUAUGAUUUUCAAUGGAGAAAAAGGCCAAAUGAUAGUUCCUUUGAUCAAGAUCUCCUUGUGCAACCACAGUUUGGAGAUCAAUCACUUCACUGUUCUUUUUCAAAAGACAUCAUUUCGGUCAAAGGCCGGAGAAGAUGCAUUCAGAAAUCACCACUGAAGACCAAUGUGGAAAGAAACAAGAUGUGGAACCGAUAUAACCGCCUUGUUUACACUUUGAUUAAUAUUCUGGCCCAUGCCUUGAAUGCUGCAUAUUCCUCCAUAUCCAGGAGGAGAAGGAAAGAGGGAGAAGAGAGGCUGGGGACUCAAAGGCUGCAGGCAUGGCAGCUUCAUCCCUUUCUGAAGAAUGAAUUUUUCUCUGCCUCAGUCCAAAUGUGUGGAAAAUUGCUGGCCUGGAUUUUUCAAGAGGGCUCGGAAAGGAGAGCCAGUUUGCUGCUAUGA